AUGACCAUGAGCUCGUUUUUGAUAAACUCCAACUACAUCGAACCCAAGUUCCCUCCCUUCGAGGAGUACGCGCAGCACAGCGGCCCGGGCGGCGGAGACGGCGGCCCCGGCGGGGGCCCCGGCUACCAGCAGCCCCCAGCGCCCGCCGCCCAGCACCUGCCGCCGCCCCAGCUCCCCCACGCGGGGGGCAGCCGCGAGCCCCCCGCCUCCUACUACCCGCCGCGGGCCGCGCUCUACCCCGCGCCCCGGGCCGCCGAGGCCGCCUACCCCUACGCCUACCGCGGCGGCUCCAGCCCCGGGCGGCCGCCGCAGCCCGAGCAGCCCCCGGCGCACGCCAAGGGGCCCGCGCACGGCCUGCACGCGAGCCAGGUCCUGCCGCCGCCGCGCCCGGCGCCCCCCGCGCCCCCGCGGCGCUGCGAGGCGGCCCCCGCCACUCCGGGCGUCCCGGCAGGGGGCAGCGCCCCCGCGUGCCCGCUGCUCCUGGCCGACAAGAGCGCGGCGGGCCCGAAGGGCAAGGAGCCCGUGGUGUAUCCCUGGAUGAAGAAGAUCCAUGUCAGCGCCGUCAACCCCAGUUAUAACGGAGGAGAGCCCAAGCGCUCUCGCACCGCCUACACGCGGCAGCAGGUAUUGGAGCUGGAGAAGGAGUUCCACUUCAACCGCUACCUCACGCGGCGCCGCCGCAUCGAGAUCGCCCACGCGCUCUGCCUGUCCGAGCGCCAGGUCAAGAUCUGGUUCCAGAACCGCCGCAUGAAGUGGAAGAAAGAUCACAAACUGCCCAACACUAAGAUGCGCAGCUCCAACUCGUCCUCAGCCCCUGCCGGCCCACAGGGCAAAGCACAAACUCAGAGCCCCCACCCACACCCGGGGCCCCCCACACCCAUCCCCUCCUCCAUCUAAUUGUGUAGAGGUCUAGAUCAGUUUCUUAUCCCUCCCCGCCCUCCCCUAUGACUUUACUCCUCUCUUCUCUUGCCCCUUUCCCCUUCUACACCCACCCUAGUG